AUCGUUCACGCGGGAGGGCGUGAGAGAAAUUUUAGGAACGCCAUAUGAAUUUAGUUUUUUAGUAGUAUGCCAUUACUGUUAAAUUGUCCUGUAGUGUUAGUUUAAAUGUAAACACCGGAUGUAACUAAAUGUCAACUAAUAGAAUUGUUUAUGGGCUGAGCAUGGAAAAUUCUUAAAAAAUUUAAUUACUGAUCAGCACAUGUUACGUUUUAUAGUAAAAUGGCAAGACAGCUUGUUCCAAGUCAGCAAAAGUUAGCAGAAAAAUUGUCAUUAAUUAAUGACAGAGGAAUUGGUAUGCUAACUCGAAUAUACAACAUUAAAAAGGCAUGUGGUGAUGCAAAAUCGAAGCCUGGUUUCUUAUCCGACAAAACUCUGGAAUCAUCAAUCAAAUAUAUUGUGAGAAGAUUUCCGAACAUUGACAUAAAGGGAUUGCAGGCAAUUACACAAAUUCGUAAUGAAAUCAUCAAGUCUUUGUCUCUCUACUACUAUACUUUCGUUGACCUUCUGGACUUCAGAGACAAUGUUUGUGAGUUAUUGACAACAAUGGAUGCCUGUCAAGUUCAUCUAGACAUUACUUUGAACUUCGAGCUCACUAAGGCAUAUCUCGAUCUUGUGUCCACGUAUGUAACACUUAUGAUUCUCCUUUCAAGAGUGGAAGACAGGAAAGCAGUUUUGGGCCUUUUUAAUGCUGCACAUGAAAUGGUUCAUAACCAGAGCGACCAGAGUUUUCCAAGGCUUGGUCAGAUGAUAAUGGAUUAUGACCCACCAGUUAAAAAAAUGUCUGAAGAAUUCAUUCCACAUUCAAAACUUCUUUGUGCAGCAUUAAUGUCUCUUUAUUCAAUAUAUUUCACACGAAACCUAUCUGCAGAGAAAUGGAGGUCAGACCAAAAGCUGAGUUUGAUUGGAAAUCCAGGCCAUUUAUUGAAGCCUUCUCAAACAGACACGAUAGCAAGUGAAUAUCUCUCUGUUGAUACAUUGGAUAGGUGGAUCAUUUUUGGAUUUAUGCUGUGUCAUCAAACCCUUGUCCAAGAGAGGGCAAACAGGUUGUGGAUAUCUGCCCUGGAGUCAAGUUGGGUUGUGGUGUUGUUCAGAGAUGAAGUGGUGUAUAUUCAUUCAUACAUCCAGAACUUUUUUGAUGGUAUCAAAGGCUACAGCAAACGAAUAUCAGAAGUCAAGGAUUGCUACAGCCAAGCUAUUCAGAAGGCGGCUCAUCACCACAGGGAAAGGAGAAAAUUUCUGCGGACAACAUUGAAAGAAUUGGGCCUCAUACUAACAGAUCAACCUGGUCUUUUGGGUCCAAAGGCAUUGUUGAUAUACAUUGGACUUAGCUUUGCCAGAGAUGAAGUUCAUUGGCUUCUGAGGCACAAUGACAAUCCACCUUUGCAGAAAAAUAAGAGCAGAAGUGCUGAAGAUCUAGUUGACAGACAGUUGCCUGAACUACUAUUUCAUAUGGAAGAACUUAGAGUUUUGGUUCGUAAAUACAGUCAAGUAAUGCAAAGAUACUACGUGCAGUAUUUGGCAGGUUUUGAUGCCAUUGCAUUGAACCAGAUGAUACAAACCCUUCAAGUUUGCCCUGAAGAUGAGAGCAGUAUUCUGUCAUCAAUAUGUAAUGUCAUAACCAAUGUUUCUGUGAAACAAGUGGAAGAAAAUGAGUUGUUUGACUUUCGGGCCCUUCGCUUGGAUUGGUUUCGAUUACAGGCGUACACAUCAGUCAGCAAAUCUCCGUUAGUACUGGCAGAUAAUAGAGACCUUGCAUCUUUGCUCGACUCUAUUGUGUUUCACUCAAGAAUGGUUGAUUACUUGGAUGAGAUAUUGGUGGAGACUUCAGAUCUCUCCAUCUUCUGUUUCUACAGCAAGAUUUUUGAAGAUCAGUUCCACAUGUGCUUAGAGUUUCCUGCCCAAAAUCGGUACAUUGUUGCGUUUCCUCUUAUUUGUGGGCACUUUCAAAGUUGCACCCAUGACCUUUGUCCAGAGGAGCGUCACCAUAUUCGAGAAAGAAGCUUGUCUGUUGUGAAUAUGUUUCUGGAUGAAAUGGCCAAAGAAGCCAAGAACAUCAUCACAACUAUUUGUGAUGAGCAAUGUUUGAUGAGUGACAAGUUGCUUCCCAAGCAUUGUGCUAUUUUGAUUUCACAAGUGGUCAAUAGAAAGAAAAAGGACAAAAACAAAAAAACUACACCAGAAAUCGCAAAGCCUGGUGUAGAAAGCUUCCGUAAAACAAGAGAGGAACUUACGACAAUGGAUAAACUACACAUGGCAUUGACAGAACUGUGUUUUGCUAUCAACUACUGUUCUACUAUCAGUGUUUGGGAGUACACAUUUGCACCACGAGAAUAUCUCACACAACAUUUAGAAAACCAGUUCGCCCAAGCACUAGGUGGAAUGGUCAUGUACACCAAAGACACAAGUGAAAUAGCAAAACCGUCAGAGCUGUUUGCAAGUGUCAGAGCUUAUAUGAAUGUCCUGCAAACAGUAGAAAAUUAUGUGCACAUAGAUAUCACCAGAGUGUUCAACAAUGCCUUGCUUCAACAAACACAGAGUGUGGACAGUCAUGGGAAGACAACCGUGGCUACAAAAUACACUGAAUGGUAUUCUGAAGUUCUUCUUCGCCGGGUGAGUGCAGGAAAUAUUUGCUUUUCAAACAACCAGCAUGCAUUUGUAAGCUUGACAGCUGAAGGCACAAUUCCUUUCAAUGCUGAAGAAUUUUCUGAUAUCAACGAACUACGAGCAUUGGCAGAGCUGAUUGGUCCCUAUGGGAUUAAGCUGUUAAAUGAAACAUUAAUGUGGCAUAUAGCUGGUCAAGUUCAAGAACUGAAGAAAUUAGUAUCAGUGAACAAAGAAGUUCUCAUCACGUUGAGGACCAAUUUCGACAAACCAGAAAUAAUGAAAGAGCAAUUCAAAAAGCUGCAGCAUGUUGACAAUGUUCUCCAGAGGAUGACAAUCGUUGGUGUCAUAUUGUGUUUUCGACAGCUGGCCCAGAGUGCAUUGGUUGAUGUUUUGGAAGAAAGGAUACCUUUUCUUUUGAGCUCAAUCCUCGACUUUCGGCAUCAUCUGCCUAAUGGAGAUCAAAUGGUUGUUAGUGAAAUGGCUUCUGCAGCUGGAUUGAAUUGUAAAGUUGAUCCAACAUUAGUGGCAGCCUUGAGAAACCAGAAAAAUGAAACUGAUGAUGACGAGCAUUUGCUGACCUGUUUGCUAAUGGUUUUUGUGGCAGUUUCAAUCCCAAAGUUAGCACGUAAUGAAACUUCAUUUUAUAGAGCAUCUUUGGAAGGACAUGCUAAUAAUGUGCACUGCAUGGGCUCUGCGAUAAACAAUAUAUUUGGCGCCUUGUUCACCAUUUGUAACCAAGGUGAUAUAGAGGAUCGGAUGAAGGAAUUUCUGGCGUUGGCAUCAUCAAGCCUGCUUCGACUAGGUCAGGAGGCUGACAAAGAAGUUAUCAGAAACCGAGAGUCAGUGUAUCUUCUUCUCGACCAGAUUGUUCAAGAGUCACCAUUUUUGACCAUGGAUUUGUUGGAAUCAUGUUUUCCUUAUGCCCUUAUUCGUAAUGCUUAUCAUGCAGUCUACAAACAAGAACAUUUACAAGUUUAAUAAUGUAGUGUGUAAUCAUUACUGUCUGUUUGUGGGCAUGAACUAUUUUGCAAGAUCAUUUUUGUAUCAUGAAAUGUCAGUGCUCCCAGUCAAUAAUUGUUAAUUAUUUAUAUAUCCCUUAGUGAUAGAUAGCUUUUUUGAAUUAAUAGUUUAAAAUAACUCAUGUAAAACAUGAUAGUUGCGUUCCCUUACAAAAUCAUUGAUUUUAAAUUUAGUUUAGCAAUAAUUUUUUUUUCCUUCAUAAUUUAUAGUUAUCCCUAAUUUGAUGCUAUUAUUUUACUCUGUUCUUGAUGAUAACGUAUCUGCUUUUUUGUUUGUGUUAUACAUUGUGUGUGCCUUUUAAUUUUUCCAUAGUGAUGAAAACCAUGUUUGUUUUCUUAAAUCUUCUUAUAGUUACUGGUAGGGGCAUAUGUGGGAGGUAAAAAAUCCCCCCCCCCCCCCCCCCAACCCUAAUCCUAUAAAAUUUCUCAUUCCGACUAACAAAUGGAAAGAAUAAUUUGAAAGUAAAUAGCAUGUAAAGUGGUUCCCCUCCCCACCCCCUCCCAAAUUAAAUUUUGCAUAUGCUCCUGCAUGAAUUUGUUUCUCAUUUAUUUUGUUUCGGCUAGGCUUGAGUGCCUGUAGCUUCAUCAAGGUUUGUAGAAUUGUUCUCAUAUGGUUAUGUCCAAAUUGCAGUAGCCAUGUUUAUAAAACAGCAGUUUGCCAAAUGCCAAUGAAGAGAACUUAACAACCUUAUUGCACUGCAUCUCAAAAACCUUUUUAAAUUAAUACAUUGACUUGAAAAGCCUGUAAACACUGUAACAAUCUUGUUUGUAAAUUGAAAAAUAUUUAUUUUACGG